UUGCUCACUGGGGAGAAGCUUUCUCGUCGCGGGCGAUCGUGCGAUAUGGAAUGACUUAAAUUGAAAGUCACCGCCGGAUUGGAAUUCAGACACUGUUUAGUUCUGUGGCAGCCAACACACAACAAUAAAAUCUAACCCAGAAUGGUUUCCGAGCAAUUCAACGCCGCCGCCGAGAAGGUGAAGAGCCUGACCAAGCGUCCCAGUGAUGACGAGUUCCUGGAGCUGUACGCCCUGUUCAAGCAGGCCAGCGUGGGUGACAACGACACCGCCAAGCCGGGUCUCCUCGACCUGAAGGGCAAGGCCAAGUGGGAGGCCUGGAACAAGCAGAAGGGCAAGAGCAGCGAGGCCGCCCAGCAGGAGUACAUCACCUUCGUGGAGGGCCUGGUGGCCAAGUACGCCUAAAAACCCAAUCCCAGCAAUUAGCGAUCUUAAACCAGCUAGAGACUAUAGUAAUGUUACCUUUAAUGCGGAAUAAACUUCGUAUGUUAAUUUUGUACUAAAA